AUGUCUGGAAAGAAUCACAGGGUCACGGCCGGUCUCAACCCCGAUGCCGAUCCAUUCCCCGUUGAGAUGUCGAUCGCGAGCGGUGCGGUAUCGAGCACGAGCUACCUGGACGCAAACAACCCGGAUAACUUCCACAUGAUGAACCCGAUGGAAGUAAGCCCCGUGUAUGGGAUUGGGCCGCAGUACGACAGCGGGGGCUACCCCCGCGGCGGCCGCUUCAACCCGAACUACGCCAUGAACCCCCCGAUCCAGGGAGGGGGAGGGGGGGCCUACCACGGCUCCUACGGCCAGCCCCACCGCCAUGGGGGCCUGGGGAUGAACAUGGAGAUGGGCAACAACAACUACGGCCCCGGCGGCGGCGGGAACCUCGGCAUGGGCGGCAUGAUGGACCGCCCGGGGCCGCCCCACCUGAUGUCGGGCGGAGGGGGGAAUUACGGGAAUAUGGGGCCCCCGCAGACGCGGAUCUACGGAGGCUACCGCGGGAACGUCACGCUCCCCCCGCAGGCCGCGGGCUACGCGCCGGAGAUGAUGCGCAACUCCACCCCCUCCCCCCGUCACCUCCGCGCUCCCCCACCAUCGCCAGCCGCAGCCCCCCACCCCCCGCCCGCGAACGCCGCGCCGCGGGUGAAGGAGACCCCGAAGGUGAUCCUCGUCGCGGGCUUCCGCAAGACCGGAAAGACCACCAUCGCGAAGGAGCUCGCGAAGGGGCGGCUCUUCGAGUACGUCUCCCUCCGCGGCGAGGACGUCGAGGACUGCGACGUCGCGAACUGGGUCAACUCCUCCCGCUUCGCCCCACUGAACCGGGUGCUCGAGCGCAAGAAAUCCAUCAAGGGCAUCGUCAUCGAUGACGCCCUGAUGCGGAACAAAUACGAGCCCUACCACGUGAACUACCUUCUCGAGAAGGCCGGCCUCCACAUUGAUAUCCUCGUCAUCAUCACGAACGAAUUGAGCGACCUCCUGAAGCGCGGCGUCGCCUUUAAGAGUGCGGCUCAAAAGCAGGCCCACCCAGAGAGCUUCGAGUUCGGCGAGAAGGUGGAGGAGGCCAACACGAAUGAAAAGGGCGCGCCAAUCGUCGUCGUCGAUGGGACGGAGUCACUUGAGGUAUUGACGACUGAGGUACUCAAGCAGGUGGCGGAGAUGGAGGCGCGCGGCCUUCCGCCAUUGCGUCUACCGAAGGUCGAGUUCAUUCCGAAAUCGACACUUGUGAUGAAUCCUAGCCUAGUCGAGUCCGUGCUCGAGGCCGAAAUCAACGCCCUCGACUUGAAGACGCUAAUGUAUGGGUUUCCCUAUUCUGAGCCAAACUAUUUGAUGGGGUACCUUGAGUUUGUUCGCAAUGUGUUGCUCUUUAAAAGCUACUUGGUGGUGCCGUGGAUAUGGGGCAAUAAAAUAUCACUCAUUGGCUACGAAGACGAGGUGUAUAUCAACCUUCCUUCCUAUAAAAUAAUCUUCUUGAUGCAAAAUGUACCAACGGUCCUGAAGGAUUUGAUGACCCACAUAAAGGAAGAACUGUCUCAGGAGGAGGAUAAGUCGUCCACCGCGAAGGUUUGCCUAUUUAGCCUGGAGGCGACCAUGCUGGACGAUAUCAUUUAUAUAUCCGAUAUAAUGAUGAUGGGUAAACACAAGGGAAAUAAAAUGCUCCUGCCCGAUCGAGUCGCACUGCUGAAAGAAUCUCUCGGUGAGCUCCCUGAGGACGGUGCUGUGAGACUUCUGGAGUACUUCCCGGUGAAUGAGAUAACUAAGUGCAUGGAAAAGUAUGCCGACGUCGCGCGGGGCAUUCUUUUCGUUAACCCAGACGGUAUGGCAACUGGGUGCUACGAGAGCCGGAACUUCAUCUACCCGUGUGGGAGCAAAAAGACCGUCAAAAUUCGUAUCUGGGGCGGGCACUUAGAGGAAAAUGGCAUGUGGUGUUUUGAUGCCUACGCCCGCGAAAACGAGCGCGAGGUUCGUGUGACCAAUUCCGAUAAUGUCCCGAUCCCCGUUUACAUCUCGGACGCGCAGGUGGGGGAGUUCACCAUUAACGAUGGUAAUAUCAUCGAGUGCGUGCUGGAGCUCAAACCCCCCUCCCCGCCCCCGAAGGGCGGGAAGAAGGGCAAUAAAGCACACUCGACAUCGUACUUUGUCUUUCAAAGGCGCUGUAAUUGGCAGGUCGAACCAACGACCUUGUACUACCAGUCCGCCUUUGUGGGAAAAUCAACAUGGGCGACCAGCUCGUUUUUGGAGACGUGCUCGUCGAUCCCGUAUAAACCAGCUUGUCUGACAGCGCAGGGGUAA